UGUUUAACGUCUUUUGUAUUUAUUUUUUUGAAGUUUCCCUUUCCCGAGGUAUUGCUUAGGGCUUAAAAUUCUAUUUCUAUUGUUUUCACUAUCUGUUGAGAAUUGUUUUGUUCUACUUCAAUUGAAUUUUGCUUUCUUGUUUGGAAUUUCAGUAUGUAAUCAGUAGUUAGCCAAAUUUUUAAGUUUUCUUUAUUGAUUUAGCUUUCAUUGUGCAAAUUUAAACUGUUAAUUUAUCUAAAUUACUUUUUUAUCCUUUGUGUGUGUGUGCUUCCAGUUUUGAUAUGAUUGGGUCUCUGUUUUGGUGACAAUUGGUUGUGCUAUGGCUGCUAAGUAUUGACAGUUAUCUAAUUACAGUCUAAGUUUAUACCAGUUGCAAUUUUACGUUUAAUAUUAGAUAAAUUAUCUAUGUUCUGUGUUACCAUUUUAGUCCUUUACUCUGUUAGAAUGCGUUAGUGAUAUGUUUUGUAGUUCUAUAGGUUUUAAACCAACCCCCCUCCAACCCUUGCCCCCUCCCUGCUUUUUCUUUUUUUUUUGUUUUUUUUUUUUUUUGGGGGGGGGGGGAAGGGGGGGUUGUUUGUUUUACCACUAUCAUAAAUUCUAAACAAAAACUGAAUUAUUUUGGAAAAAAAAAAUUUUUUUACACUGACUUUUAUGGCUGGAAGAUUUCUCCCCUUCGCUCACCAUUUCAAUGAAUUUUAUUUGUGUUCGCUUCCUGGAAAAUUAAGGAAGAAAAAAGUGAAUAAAUUUCAAAAUUUUCUCCACUUUUUUGGUUUCCAAGUUUACAACAAACCACAGAGACGGAGAAGGCUCAACAAAGAAAACAUACAGUGUACAAGUCUGGAUAUUGGAAUAACUUUUGUUACCAAUGGCUACGAAGCCAUCAAAUAACAUAUGGAUUCGACGCCAGCAAUGCCCCUGUGGGGAUUGGAAAUGCUAUAUUAAGUACGAAGGAGACGAACAGACAUCAGUGAGCUCUCAUCUUGUAAAGAAUGAGACAUCAUCAAUAUCAUCAUCAGCAGAAGUUGUCUUCACACCAUAUGUAGGCCAAAUUUUCAUAAGUGAUGAUGAUGCUUUUGAGUACUACAGCAAUUUUGCUAGGAAGAAUGGAUUUUCAAUCAGGAAAGCACGGUCAACUGAAAGCCAAAAUUUAGGAAUCUAUAGACGAGAUUUUGUUUGUUAUAGAUCUGGAUUUAAUCAACCAAGAAAAAAGGCCAAUGUGGAGCAUCCACGGGACCGAAAAUCAGUUCGAUGUGGAUGUGAUGCAAAAUUAUAUCUUACCAAGGAAAUUGUUGAUGGUGUCAUUCAAUGGUAUGUUUCACAAUUUAGCAAUGUUCAUAAUCAUGAGUUAUUGGAAGAUGACCAGGUGCGCUUGCUACCUGCGUAUCGAAAAAUACAGGAGGCUGAUCAAGAGCGCAUUCUUUUGCUAUCCAAAGCAGGUUUUCCUGUUAAUCGGAUUGUGAAGGUGUUAGAGUUAGAAAAGGGUGUUCAACCAGGACAAUUGCCCUUUAUAGAGAAGGAUGUUAGGAAUUUUGUUCGGACUUGUAAGAAGACUGUCCAAGAAAAUGAUGCUUUGCUCACUGGAAAGAGAGAGAAUGAUACAUUUGAACUCCUUGAGGCCUGCAAGGCUAUGGUAGAGAGGGAUGCAGAUUUUACUUAUGAUUAUACAACUGAUGAAAAUGAGAAGGUAGAAAAUAUUGCAUGGUCAUAUGGAGACUCUGUUCGUGCAUAUACAGUUUAUGGUGAUGUAGUUACAUUUGACACCACAUAUCGUUCUAUUACAUAUGGGUUGCUCCUAGGAAUGUGGUUUGGCAUGGAUAACCAUGGGAAGGCAAUUUUAUUUGGAUGUGUCUUGUUGCAAGAUGAAAGUUCUGAUUCCUUUGCGUGGGCUUUACAGAGUUUUGUUCGCUUUAUGCGAGGAAGACAUCCACAGACAAUUAUAACAGAUAUAGAUUCAGGUCUUAGGGAUGCUAUAGCAAGGGAGUUGGAAAACACUAAACAUAUUAUAUGCAAAUGGCACAUUCUCUCCAAAUUAGUAAGCUGGUUCUCUUUGGCACUUGGGUCACAGUUUGAAGAUUUUAAAGCUCAGUUUGAUUUGUUGUGUCAGCUUGAAAGUGUAGAAGAUUUUGAACACCAGUGGAAUCUUUUGGUUGCUAGAUAUGGACUUUCUUCAGAUAAGCAUAUUGGUCUACUCUUUUCAUAUAGAGGAUACUGGUCAGUUUCCUAUAUCAAAGGUUACUUUCUGGCUCGUACCAUGACAGCCGAGUUUUCUCAAUGUUUAGAUGUAUUUUUAAAAAGAGUCUUGAGAGGGCAAACGUGUUUGCAAGUAUUCUUUGAGCAGGUUGUGCUUGCUGCCAACUUUGGAAAUCAAAGCAAAGAUGGGAUGCAGUACAUGCAUAUCAGAACGUGCAUGCCUAUUGAAGAACAUGCAAGAAGUGUUCUCACACCUUAUGCCUUUAAUGUAUUUCAGCGUGAAAUAAUAUUGUCCUUGCAAUAUGGAACACAAGAAAUGGCAGAUGGAUCUUAUCUUUUGCGGCACUACAAGAAAAUGGAUGGGGAAUGUCUUGUAAUUUGGAUACCAGAAGAGGAGCAAAUUCAUUGUUCAUGCAAGGAAUUUGACCAGUCUGGAAUAUUAUGUAGACACUCUCUUAGAGUACUUGCGCUCAAGAACUACUUUCAGCUCCCAGAAAAGUACUUACCUCUUCGUUGGCGAAGGGAGCAUUCUGUGUUGCCUAUGGAUGAUCAAAAUGCUCAAAGCAACAGUGAUGAGUGCGCUCAAGCCUUUCAUUCUCUUGCAGAAACUCUAUUGACAGAGUCAUUGGUAUCCAAGGAACGUUUUACUUACGUUCAUAGAGAGCUUACAGGGCUCCUUGAUCAUGUUCGAACUAUGCCUACAACUGAAGACUUCUCGUUGAAUAUGGCCAAUAACAAUAUCAGUGAAUCUUAGCAUUGCUGAUGUAGCAAAUGGAAGCUAGUAUGGAGUUGGAAUCCUGCUCUUCAAAAAGUUCUGGAUACUCGGAAGAAAUACUUAUGUGUUCAAGUACAUAAACAAAAGAAAAAGGCAUAUUACUUUGAAAAUUUGCUGACAAAGUAGAGGUGGUGAAAUACAAAUUUUUGGUUUUUCUCCACAGACCAUCCUAGAAAUUCAUUAAUGGAAAUUUACUCAAUUUAUGUAGUUGCUUAAUGCUUAAAAGAUCUGGAAAAUCACUGUCACUUGCCCAUCUAAGAUGUAAGAUGCAUUUUGUAGAUACAUGCCUUUCAAAGAUGGUGAGGGAAAGAAUAGAAGUGGAAAGAUAUAUUCUUAUCUUUGACUUGGAAAGAAUUAUUUGGCUCGAUCAUUCAAUGCUCUGAACUGGUAUGAAAAUCCUCAGGUUUGCUAUACUUUUUUUUUGUGUGUUCAUGCUGAAAUAAUUCAUUAUUGCUAUUUAUCACCCCUUUUUUCUUCUAUGAUGUGUAGAUAACGAGCUGCAAAAAGAUUUAAAUAAAAAUUUACAGCAUGUUAAAACAAAACAAAAAAAAAAAACUGUUUCUGGGAUUAAUCAGCUGUUCUAUAUUUUGUUAAGAACUACUACUGAUCUUAAUUUUUGGACCUAGAUUUGAAGAUGUACCGUCAAUGGUGGCCUUUUGUUCAAGAGAUUUUCCAGAGUAAUCAAUUUGAUAUUCUUUUGGCGUGCUUUGGUGUAACCGUGCAAAGUAACCUGAGCUAGUGUCUAGUCGGUUUUACUGUGUUAUGCUUACCGAAUGUUUGGUUAUUAAUCUCAUCUUGAUAUUUAUUUAUAUAUAUUUUUUUUAAUCUUUUGCAGAGGUGCAUGUGUAUUGGUAGAGCAAAAGUUGUUAUAUAUGAUCAAAUCAUUCUGCUUCCUUCA